UUCGGUUAAAUGUCAGAAAAAAACUUUUAACAAUAAACACGUGUAGUUAAUUUACUAUUCGUGCCUUAAUUUUGUUUUAUUAAGAAAAGUAAUCAUUCUGAUCAGAAGAAAAUAAUGAAAAUUCGUAAAAAUCAUCAGCGUAAGCGUUAUCGCUACAAUGUCAAUAGAAAAACUAUGAGAAAAACUCGUGAAUCCACCGGGAAAAUAAAGGAUCCUGAAAUGAAGAAACUCUGGAUUGAAACAAAGCGUAAUAAAAACUUCAACGAAUUGGGUCUUUCUUCUGAUCCCAAUAAAACGGUACCAAUUCCAAAUUUCAAACAACACCGUCUAAAAGCCGUGAAAAUAGUAAACGGUUUUAUUGAGGAAGAAAUAGAUGACGAAGAACUGAAUGAAAAAAUAACAGAUCGGCCAAGAGGCUAUGUCAUAGAACAAUUAGAAGCGGACGCAACUGCGCCUAGAGAAAAGCUCCUAAGACUGCCUAAAAACUCAAUAGACCAUUUGAGUUACUUUCUGGACAAAUAUAAAUUCAACUACAAAGAUAUGGUGGCAGAUAGACGAAAUUACUUACAAUGGACAUGGAAACAGUUCCGGAUGAAAAUAAAAAAAUUUAUGUCAAUACCUGAACAGUUUGAUGAAUUUUUGAAACAAAGAAAUUUAAAGACAGGCGUAAAGCCAGCGUGGGAAGAAUAUGAUUCAGACAGUGAAUGGAAGUAAUUGUAAAAAACACUUAUUGUUUAGUCAAAUAAGGGUUAGUUUUAAAUAAAUUUUAUAAUAACUCAAAAUAGA